AUAAAGUUGAAAUCGCUAGAACAUCUUCGCGGAGGACGCUCACGUGACCAUGUCAAUUAGCGACUUUCCGUACAAGAACUUCAAACGCCAAACACGCCGCAACCUCCCUUCAUCAUCAUCAACGCCCAGACAUCUCAUCCUGACGCAAGCCUUCGUGUUAGUAGUGGACACCUUACUGCUUGCGUGCUGCAAAGAUCAGUUACUGCCGUUACUAAUCAUCUGCUAGCAAGGCAGUUGUCGCGAUGUCGGGCACGAAGAAGAAGGAGAAUAAGAAUCACAAGCGGCGCGCAGCUCAGAAGGCCAAGAAGGAUGCAAGUUAUAUCUCUAAAUCUUACAUUGUGCGAACCAGUGCUAAUAUCCGUGUCGCCCAGGCAUCAUUACGCGCAGAGUCAGAAGCACCGAUACCUCAAUCUGUGCGCGGUGAUUCCCCAUCACCAGACCCAGCAGAUGUCGACGAAAAGCACUCAGCCGCUGUAUCUUUCGAGAUUGACCCAUCUGAUCCUCUAUACGCACAGUUCAAAUCCGUGUUUCAGAGAUUAGAGCAACCAGAAGCGGAGGCCACGAAAGAACCCGCAAAAGCUGAGAUAUAUUACGACGGUGACGAUGACAUCCCAGACGAGGAGGACGAGUCAGCAAAAAAGCUCUCAAAGAGGGCGCGAAAACAGCAGAACAUGUUGUCAAUCGCGGAAUUGAAAGCAAUUGUGAAGAAACCCGAAUUAGUGGAAUGGACAGAUGUCAACGCUCCAGACCCUCGUCUACUGGUCUCAAUCAAGGGCCAUAGGAACGUUGUACCAGUACCUCAGCACUGGGCACUGAAACGCGAGUAUCUUUCCUCGAAGCGAGGCGUGGAAAAACCGGCUUUCUCACUACCAAAGUUCAUACAAGAGACGGGCAUUGCAGAGAUGCGUGACGCACUUCUUGAGAAACAAGCUGAGCAGACUAUGAAACAGAAGCAGAGAGAACGCGUUGCGCCGAAGAUGGGUCGACUCGAUAUUGACUAUGGAAAGCUAUACGAAGCAUUCUUCAAGUUUCAGACGAAGCCCGAGUUGACACGAUACGGCGAAGUCUACUACGAAGGAAAGGAGUAUGAGACAAACUUGAGGCACCUCCGUCCUGGUGAGCUAAGUGAAGAGCUUAAAGAUGCUCUGAAUAUCCCUCCAGGUGCUCCGCCACCAUGGCUCAUCAAUCAACAGCGAUUCGGCCCACCUCCGUCAUAUCCUGCCCUCAAGAUAGCAGGCCUGAAUGCUCCUCCGCCUCCCGGGGCCCAGUGGGGAUUUCAUCCUGGUGGGUAUGGAAAACCCCCUGUCGACGAGUUCAAUAGACCUCUGUAUGGCGGUGACAUCUUCGGUACUGCGAUCCUGCAGCAGCCGCAGCAGACAGGUGAGCCAGUUGAGAAAACGUUAUGGGGAGAAUUGCAGCCACCAGAAGAGUCUGAAGAGGAAGAAGAAGAGGAAGAUGACGACGCAGACGAAGAUGUAGAUAUGAGCGAUGGAGACAUUCCAGAUACAACAAGGGCCGAGUCUCCUGCACCGAUCCCAGUACCGCAAAUCAGAGACGAAAGGAUUGCGUCCGACUUUUCCAUUGGCAAGGGAGGGAGACGUGGUUCCGCAGAUGCCGGUCCUCCUCGUGAGCUUUAUCAGGUCGUUCAGGAACAGAAUGUACGCUCAAAGGGUUUCUUUGGCUCCGAUCGCACGUAUGAUAUCAAAGCCACGCAGCGUGAUCCCGACGUGCCAAUGUUGGGUCGCGAUUCAGGCAGAAAGCGGAAGGCUGGUGAUGUAGACGUCUCAGUCGACGUCGAUGCGUUGGCAGACGGAGGAAAGCUGAGCAAGGAGGAGCUUCAGAGACAGUACGAUGCCCAGAGGAAGGCUGAUGCGGCAGGUGCAUGGGGUGGAGGCGGUAUUGAUCAAGAUGACUUGAGUCAGAUGAUUGCGGAUGAGAGCAGGAAGAGGCUGAAGAAGGACGAAGAGAAACGAGGGCGAAGAUGAAACAAGAUGUGAAGAAUACUCAACGCGUCGCUUCAGGAAGGACGAUAAGUGCGCACAAGGAUGAAAAUCGCGUCCGUUUUGAGCUAUAUGGUACUACGUUGCAUAAGUCGGAGUACGGUGCAAGAAGGUCUGUGGUAAGGCCGCAACAUUCAGCGAAAUAGCUGAAAUGGUAUGGAUUGUAAAGAUAUCAAAUGGAACGGGUUUUAACAAGGACAUUGGAGGAUUGUAAAACCGAAAUGGAAAGAUGAAGCUUUAAAGAGCACUCGACGGCCAAAUCGUCCCUUGCGACCAAUAUGAGGACACAAACAAAGAAAAAAGAUGAGCUCAAGAUUUGAUAUGAUGAAGUAUGCACGCCUCCCAC